CCCCUUCUUUCUGCAAUGUCCCAGGAGCAGCGUUGCCCAGAUACAACAGUCUCCCUUGAGAAAAAGGAUGGGGAGGUGGGCCAGAGGACCUCUGAUUACUACAGAGUGGAGCCAACCUUGCCUCGCAGAUUCAACAAUCCUGGAUGGUUCCAGGGCUACAGAUAUAAAGAGCCCAACCCGCUGUUCAGGACCACCAACAUGGACUACGGUGGGAAACCCCCCACGGUGCAUGACAUGCCGACCAGCUUUCAUGCUUCCCCACAUGCCUUCUCAAACCACCUUGUGAAGUUUGGCCCAUACCGGAACAGCGGGAUCAACACCCACACAGAGAAGAGCUAUGUGACAGGCUCAGAAAACUUCAUCACCUGCUUUGACACGCUAAACUUCCACCCCAGUUACAGGACUGGGGGGCCAUCCUUUUGCGAGUAGGGGGCACCUGGAAGCCAAGUUGCUGCCCAUUUAAGCUUUCACUCCUUUAUCCUAACUAACGACACCAAGGAAUGAUUAUGAAAACUGACUACUUUGAAACUCCUGAA